AGUUUGGUUCCUUUUAGUAAAGCUAACCAGCAAAGGUACACGUUUUUAAUACAUAAAAAUUAGGAAGUUUGACUUAAAAUUAAAUUUAUAAAUGUUCGAUCACUUUAAUAUUGUUUGAUACGAUAUUUUUUAAAUAUAUUAAAUUUAUUAUGUUGUCGAACGCGAAAAUUUUGAAAGCUGGUGGCGCCGAGCCCGAUGCAUUUGAGUCACAAGUAUCGCAAGCUCUUUUAGAAUUGGAAAUGAACUCCGAUUUAAAGGCUCAAUUACGUGAAUUAUAUAUCACAAAAGCCCGUGAAAUUGAUUUAAACAACAAAAAGUCUAUCAUAAUCUAUGUUCCAAUUCCAAAAUUGAAACAAUUCCAAAAGGUUCAAACACGUUUAGUGCGUGAAUUAGAGAAGAAAUUUUCUGGUAGACAUGUUGUAUUUGUUGGCGAACGUAAAAUUUUACCAAAACCAACAAGAAAAACCCGUACAAAGAACAAGCAAAAGCGACCACGUUCCCGUACAUUGACAGCUGUAUAUGAUGCUAUCUUGGAAGAUUUAGUAUUCCCAGCUGAAAUUGUUGGUAAAAGAAUAAGAGUGAAAUUAGAUGGAUCACAAUUAAUCAAGGUUCAUUUAGAUAAAAAUCAACAAACCACAAUCGAACAUAAGGUUGAUACAUUUACUGCAGUUUAUAAGAAAUUAACUGGUAGGGAAGUUACGUUUGAGUUCCCAGAACCAUAUUUGUAAAAUGAAAAUUCUUAAUAAAACUUUAUGAAAAAAAAGA